GAGAAAACUCUCUCUCUCUCUCUCUCUCUGCGAUUCGCCAAGAACACCAGCAUGACGAAGCACGCGGCGGAGCACGGCUCGUUCUCGGCCAAGGACUACCAAGACCCCCCGCCGGCGCCGCUGAUCGACCCGGUGGAGCUGGGCAAGUGGUCGUUCUACAGGGCCCUCAUCGCCGAGUUCAUCGCCACCCUCCUCUUCCUCUACAUCACCGUGCUGACCGUGAUCGGUUACAAGAGCCAGACCGACGACAAGAAGCCCGGCACCGACGCCUGCGGCGGCGUCGGCAUCCUCGGCAUCGCCUGGGCCUUCGGCGGCAUGAUCUUCGUCCUCGUCUACUGCACCGCCGGCAUCUCAGGUGGUCACAUCAACCCGGCGGUGACAUUCGGGCUGUUCCUGGCGCGGAAGGUGUCGCUGGUGCGGGCCAUAAUGUACAUGGUGGCUCAGUGCCUGGGGGCCAUCUGUGGAGUCGGCCUGGUGAAGCUCUUCCAGAAGUCGUACUACGAGCAGUACGGCGGCGGGGCCAACAUGCUCGCCGAGGGGUACAAGACCCGCGUCGGGCUGGGCGCGGAGAUCAUCGGCACGUUCGUGCUAGUCUACACCGUCUUCUCGGCCACCGACCCCAAGAGGAGCGCCAGAGACUCCCAUGUUCCGGUUUUGGCUCCUCUGCCAAUUGGAUUUGCGGUGUUCAUGGUUCACUUGGCCACCAUUCCCAUCACCGGAACCGGCAUCAACCCAGCGAGGAGUCUCGGCGCUGCUGUUAUCUACAACAAGGAUAAGGCCUGGGAUGAUCAGUGGAUCUUCUGGGUAGGACCAUUCAUUGGGGCAGCCAUUGCAGCUUUCUACCACCAGUUCAUACUGAGGGCAGGAGCAGUUAAAGCUCUUGGAUCAUUCAGGAGCAACCCUUAGUCUAUUUUCACAGCUUGUUACUGCCCUUCUCCUUCUAUUUUGUUCUCUCAUGAGGGAAAACAAAAAAGACAAAAGAGAGGGGGAAAGAGAGAGAGAGAGGAGAGAGAGAAGAGACUUGGAAGGAGAUUGUGAUAAAGUCACAUGGUGGUGGGGGGAUUUUCUUUAAUCAUAAACUGUAGAGAGAUGGAAAAUCCUUUGUGUUAUGGUGCGAGGGGGGGCCGUAUGUAACUGUGUCUUUGUUCUUUGUAUGCUGUGCACUACAUUCAUAUGUGAAUUCUCUCUUCUGUUUCGUUGCUA